GUUGAAAGCGAAAGAUUUGAAGAAGGUAAAAAGAAGAAUCGCCAUUGAGAUUGUCCCAAAACCUCCAAAGGAAACACACGUUUGUCUUUGCUCUGAGGUAUCUUCGACGGGACGUUGAAGCGAGCAAGAUACGACACGAAAUCGAUCUCCCCCUUGCGUUUUCCAUCUCCGUCGUCUGCUGAAACCAUUUGAUCGAUCUCUCAGAUAAGGUUCUCAGGAUUUAGGUUGCUUCUAUGAGAAGGACACGUUGCAGUUGGUGCUUCAUGUCUAGGUAAUGAAGGCUUUAUGUGAUAGAUUUGUUCCUCAACAAUGUUCUUCAUCAAGCAAGAGUGAUACGCAUGAUAAAUCCCCUUUAGUUUCAGAUUCUGGACCUAGUGAUAAUAAGUCCAAGUUUACCUUAUGGUCAAACGUGUUUACGUCUUCUUCCUCAGUUUCUCAACCGUAUAGGGAGUCUUCAACUUCUGGGCAUAAGCAAGUUUGCACCACUCGUAAUGGUUGGACAGCAUUUGUAAAAAGAGUCUCUAUGGCUAGUGGAGCAAUUAGGAGAUUCCAGGAGCGUGUUUUAGGGCCUAAUAGGACCGGUCUUCCGAGCACAACUAGUGACGUAUGGCUCUUGGGUGUCUGCUAUAAAAUAUCUGCGGAUGAGAACUCAGGGGAAACCGAUACUGGCACUGUAUUGGCUGCAUUGCAACUAGAUUUUUCAUCCAAAAUACUGAUGACAUAUCGUAAAGGUUUUGAACCCUUUAGAGACACAACUUAUACCAGCGAUGUGAACUGGGGUUGCAUGAUUCGAAGUAGCCAGAUGCUUUUUGCUCAGGCGUUGCUUUUCCAUAGGCUGGGGAGGGCUUGGACUAAGAAAUCUGAGCUUCCUGAACAGGAAUACUUAGAGACCUUGGAACCUUUUGGUGAUUCCGAGCCUUCAGCUUUCUCCAUCCACAAUCUUAUAAUAGCUGGAGCGUCCUAUGGUCUCGCUGCUGGGUCAUGGGUAGGACCGUAUGCCAUUUGUCGAGCGUGGGAGUCAUUAGCGUGCAAGAAGAGAAAACAAACUGAUUCUAAAAACCAGACGCUUCCUAUGGCUGUUCAUAUCGUUUCUGGCAGCGAAGAUGGAGAGAGAGGUGGGGCUCCAAUUCUCUGUAUAGAAGAUGCUACCAAAUCUUGUCUAGAAUUCUCAAAAGGACAGUCUGAGUGGACACCGAUUAUCCUUUUGGUUCCACUGGUUCUUGGGCUUGACAGUGUGAAUCCCAGGUACAUUCCAUCUCUCGUAGCCACAUUCACUUUUCCUCAGAGCGUGGGGAUUUUGGGUGGCAAACCAGGUGCCUCAACUUACAUAGUUGGUGUUCAAGAAGACAAAGGUUUCUACCUUGAUCCGCAUGAAGUUCAACAGGUGGUCACAGUCAACAAGGAAACACCAGAUGUUGACACAUCCUCCUAUCAUUGCAAUGUCCUUCGUUAUGUUCCUUUGGAAUCACUCGACCCAUCUCUAGCUCUAGGAUUCUAUUGCCGCGACAAAGAUGAUUUCGACGAUUUCUGUCUCCGAGCAUUGAAACUAGCUGAGGAAUCAAACGGUGCUCCAUUGUUCACAGUGACUCAAACCCACACAGCGAUAAACCAAAGCAACUACGGGUUUGCGGAUGACGACAGCGAGGAUGAACGUGAAGAUGACUGGCAAAUGCUCUGAUCAUGAUCAUCGUCAAACAUUUUAACAAUCUCAAGCUACAAUUCUUUUUUUCCUUUUGUUAACCAGUUCUUUGUUUUUUAUAUGUGUUGGUGUAUAUUACAUCAGAUCAGAACACAAUGUUGUACUAUAAAAUCUUUUGGGAUUUUCAAACAUAGAUUGAAGCAUGCGAAAAUGGAAGAGUAGAGAAAUCACAAGGUAUAUGAACAUGAUGACUCCAUUUUCCCAUUUUCUUCUCAGUCGUCAUCUUCAUCAUCACUCCUCCUUCACCUUCACCUUCACUCUCUCUUUUACCGCCAAUCAUUACCACCGAUUCACCUCCUAAGCUUCCGGCGAAAACUGAGCUUCCUGUCAUCGGAAGCUGUAUAGAUUGAAGAUCCAGUUUCAAAUUUCUCGAAUCAUCGUUAGUUUCCCAUCGACGUUCACUCUGUAAAUCAGUGUCUGUGAAACACCAUAACGUAGAGGAGCUUCUAAAGUCUCCGGCGGUGCGACCUCUCGGGCUAGUAUCUGGAAAUCGCCAGACGUUGUCGAUUCUCGACCAUGAAUCUGUCGCUGGAUCGUAAAUUUCUCCGUCAGAUCGGAAUCUUCCUUGAGAUUCCGUUCCGUAACCGCUCAGCACGCAAAACCUUAGACCCAUACCAACGGCGAAUCCUUGACAUUCGUCUCUUCCUUCCGUCAUCGGAGUAACCGACGACCACUCGUCUUUCUCGACGUCGUACACCUCCGCCGAGCGUAAAGCGUUUUUCUGAUCGUCGUGACCUCCGGCGACGUAUACCUUCGUUGGACUUACGGAGGCGCAGGCGAAGAAUGAUCGUGAUUCCUUCAUUGGCGCACCUCGUCUCCACUUCCUUCCGGCGAAUUCCAGAACGUAAACGUCUCUCGUCGGCUGUAACGUCUCCGGAUCCCAACCGCCGAUGAGCAGAAUCUUCCCGGCGUCCUGAAGCACGACGCACUCGCAGAAAAGCGGGAUCUGCUCCUCCUCUGGAAACGCAACGCGAUGCCACGUGGACAUCGCAGCGUUGUAAACGCUCAAUCCAAAACGCGGCGUGCAGAAAACGCGCGGGUGUGACUCAUCCUCUGAUUUUUUCUCGUCAACCAUUAAUGUCUCGUCAACCGAUUUAGACGCUGGAAUUGGCGGCGUUAGCGGUUGAACGAGGCAGAGGAGAAGCUCUGUUUUGCCGCAUCUCCGCCGUUCUUGGAUAAAAGAAGAGUCGGAGAGUAAGCUACGCCAAGAACGGCAAACGGAUCUCAUGGCGGAUUGGAAUUGGAACGGAACUCUGACCAAACACUCCAAAGCUAGUUCGGAAGGUAAACCGGGAAUCAAUUCGUGACAUUGCUGAAAAUCUCCACCUUUCUUUUUCGACACUUCCAUAGUCAUCGAACUUAAACAAGUUUGAGAAAAACAGAACAGAGAGUGUGUUUGAUUGAGCAAAGUGUCUAUGUGUAGAAGAAAACACACAAAAACUGACGAAAGUUGCGAUUUAAAUUUGAGUGAGUGUGAAGCUACAAAGAGGUGGCAGAGCCUUUAAAUAGGGAAAGAGGAGGAUGAGUUUGCUUGCGGUUGAAAUAACGCGACGGUUCGUUUAAAUUUUUAAAAACCCCUAUAAACUUG